CGGCUACGAAAUAAUGAGGAUGCAUACGUGGAUGCGACAUCUCCGAAUCACGUAUUUUCUAACGGAUUUUUAGCUGUGGAGGGUGCUCAGAAGACGAAGGGCUUCAUUUGAAAACCUGAAGGGUCUGACGCCCAAACGAAGGGACACUCUUCAUCUUUUUUCCCUUCCGUGUAUAUCACUAUCUCCCGAAUCGUUUCUUGUAUGGCUGUGAUUGCUUUGUCUGUCCCUCGAAGUCCAUUUUCCGUCUGCACUCCGUCGCCGUCCUCUCCCAACCGAUUUACUGCCGUUUGCUUCCCUGCCCUCGUCUUUGCCUUACGCUUUCUUCACCAUGGUGUGGCAAGAGUGGUGGCCGUAUGACCCGCAGCCGCAGCCCCAGACGACGAAUCCGUAUCUCGUCCACUGCGAGAAAGGGAAGGUUUACUGGUGGUGCUCCUGCGGUCUCAGCAAAACACAGCCGUGGUGCGAUGGCGCCCACAAAGGCACCCCUUUCAAGCCGGUUAUGUACAUUCCGUCGAUCACAGGAAAGAAGUUGCUGUGUGGGUGUAAGCACAGCGGCAGCCGGCCACUGUGCAACGGCACUCACUUGUGGGUGAAGUGCAACAACAACACUCCCCUUGCAUGCGUAGCUUCCUUCGCUGCUGCUUUCAGCGUCGGCGUCGCCUCCACGUACCUGAUGCAUGGUUAAUUCCCAUGGAAGGUGAGGCCCUGGUGGUCUCUCACCCGGUUUCCGUUAAGCAGAGUGUACGAAAAAAUGUUUCCAGCGUUCCAACACGAACUGGUGCAUCAAGAGGUUCCUGAUUUAC